UGAAAUUAAACCAAAAUUUUUGGUGUAUUCCGUUUGUGAUCGAACUGUGUUCUGCACUGUUUUAGUGUUUUAUACUCUUAGGUAUAAUAAAUCUAUAAACAAGAUAAUCGUGAUUCUUAAAUCAAAAAGUAACUAUUCGGUAAAAAAUCAUUACGCCUGCCCGAAGAAAUAUUUAAAAAAUAGACAAAAUAACAAGAAACUUAAAAUUUUAUAAAUUCGCAACGUCGUCUCUAUCAUCAUCAGUGUAGGAAUCAACCAGUGAUGGUUAUGGCCAGUGGGGGUGGUGGUGGGCUGGUGCAGUCCCCACCCGAAAUGAUGCAUCAUCACAAUAUCAUGGAUACCUCGUCGCACGUAGAAAUGAUGCCUAAAAAACUUCGGCUAUCACUCUGCGUGGGUUGCGGAGGUCAAAUCCACGACCAGUACAUCCUAAGGGUGGCACCAGACUUGGAGUGGCACGCGGCGUGUCUAAAGUGCCAGGAGUGCAGGCAGUUUCUCGACGAGUCCUGCACUUGUUUUGUUAGAGACGGGAAAACUUAUUGCAAAAGAGAUUAUACUAGGUUAUUCGGCACGAAGUGCGACAAGUGCGGCUCGUCGUUCAGCAAGAACGACUUCGUGAUGCGCGCCAAGACUAAGAUCUACCACAUCGAUUGUUUCCGCUGCUGCGCGUGCGCACGGCAACUUAUACCUGGAGACGAAUUCGCGUUAAGAGAGGGAGGUGCUUUAUAUUGUAGAGAAGAUCACGAUGUUUUAGAAAAGAGUGCGAACACGAGCAGUAGUGGAACGGCAAACGCGGAAAGUAACAACAAUACGACGCUUAGUAAUAACAACUCACAUCAUCCCGAGCUCGGGUCUAUGUCAGACUCAGGAAGCGAAUCGGGGUCGCAUAAAAGCGGCCGGGUGCGUACCACAGCCGCCGCUGAUGGCAAACCUACGCGAGUUCGAACGGUAUUGAACGAGAAGCAAUUACAUACGCUCAGAACCUGUUACGCUGCAAACCCUCGGCCUGAUGCGUUAAUGAAAGAGCAGCUGGUAGAAAUGACAGGAUUGAGCCCGCGAGUGAUCAGGGUUUGGUUCCAGAACAAACGUUGCAAGGACAAGAAAAAAACCAUACAGCUGAAGAUGCAAAUGCAGCAGGAGAAGGUGGAAGGCCGUCGCCUGGGGUACAUGUCAAUGGGCGUACCCCUCGUAGCAGGAUCGCCAGUUCGCCAUGAGCCCGCAGGACCGUUGCCGCUCGAGGUAACAGCGUACCAGCCGCCGUGGAAAGCGUUGUCAGACUUUGCUCUGCAUGCGGACCUAGACAGAGCGCCGCAUCAUAGCGCCGCUUUUCAGCAGCUGGUAAAUCAGAUGCAUGGCUAUGACAUGCCUUCUUUGCCACCACCACGACCACCACACGGUGGAGAGGAUAACUACGUCACCUACCUCGAAAGCGAUGAAAGCCUGCCUCCUUCGCCCUAGUGUCGCCUAUCCUAAUGUCCUCUUGUGGAGGGAAGAGGAAUUAAUACAGUGACUAUUGGGACGAUAAGAAAUAAAAUCUACUUAAUUAAGCGCCUAUUUACGUUUCAUAAUUAUAGCAACAAAGUGUACGAUUGCUACGUAAACUGACGUCUUCUGUUGGUAAAAAUUAAAAAGGUGUGUUAAUGUUCAGUGUUGAAAAAUGUUGCAAUAACACUUCAAUAAAAAUAAACAAAUCUUAAUUUUUUAAAUUAAUUUGUAGUAGGUAAUGUGAGUGAUAUAAUGGCCUCAGUCAAUACUUUGGGGUAGCAGUAGAAAAUGAUUUUUCUAUUUAAUAUUGUGAUGUUUACCAUUAGUUUUAUUUGCCUAUUUUAUGUUUAAUUAUGUUUACUACAUUCUCGUAUUAUUUUACCUUUGGUAUAUUACUUUUUAUAUUUUGGUAGAACUAUUAGUUAUCUCGUUGUAAAUAAGUUGGUGUAAAUAAAAUGUAUAUAUUUUAAAUAUACAUAAUACCUAUAAAUCUUAUAUAUUUACUUUCUACUUAUUUUAAAGCCUAUGAUAAUGUUAGCUUAAGGGCUGUAAUAUAUUUUAAUAAGUAAAUUUCAUGUAUGUUUCAAGAAAUAGAGCCAAACAUUCUUCUCCAACUUUUGUUCCUUAAAAAUCCAUCUUAAAAAUCAUUACAAUAAUUAUUGUAAGUUUGAAAUGUACCAAAAAGAUUCAAAAUCGAUGUACUU